GUAACAGUCAACUUGUCCACAUGAGCUUAGGCCCUAUCGAAAAGCAAGGCGAUUUGUAUACAAAUUUGUAUGGUAAUCGCCUCAUGUGGUCUCCCCACCUUUAGCAAGCUCGGACAUAUGGUCUGAUCGUAGUCACGUGAUAGAUCAUAAGGAUCUAGGAGAGCUAGAGAAUCGUAUUCUAGAUCCACUAGAUCCAAGGGAUCCAAUUGAUACGAAGGUCUAUAUAGCUAGGAAAGGAUUCCUUUUGUACCUCAACUCUCCCCAACCUGCAAGAUCUAUGCAGGAUAAAGAGGAAACAACAGAUCAGUCUCGAAAAAGAGCAGCUGUCGAAGAUGGUAUAUCAGCAGGUUCAGCAUCACUAUUCCGGGAACCUUCCGCUCAUGUUUUCAAGCGAGGUGAUCAAAGAUCCUUGAAGGCAUCCUCGCCUCAAAUUACAUCCCGGCCAAAACCUCAAGGAAAUCAACCUCAACAACAUCACCAUUUUCAUACUCAGACCAAUACUUCAUCUGUAAUCUCAUCUCAAACCUAACAGUACAGCAUGAUUCUUCAGCCAGCGACAAGGUCUAUCUUUCAAAAGCAACUGGUCGUAAAGGUUAAAGGCAUAUAUGCUGGUCUUGUAAUGGUUGAAGCCAAAUGUAUUGAAGCUGAUUAUGAGCAAGCUAUAUCUACACAAAGUUGUCUCAACAACGAACAAUAGCAAGCUCUUAUUGAUUUGUAUCGUGCUUUACUUUACAAGUAUUACAACUUCUUUUUAACUUCCCAACAUCCAUCAGCUAAUCCUAUUAUAUAUCGUUUAACAUCAGAAUAUACUAUACCUGUUAGAAUAUGGUGUUAUAGUAUUCAAUCCUUUUUGGAAUUUCUCAGACAUCGACUUCCUACCUCGUUUGAUCAUACAUUA